UAAGUCAGGAGCGCUCAGCCCGUCACUCACCGCGCACUGCUGGAAAAAUAUGAUCCGUAGAAGAGAACCGUCUAAACAACCUCUCUGACUCCCGGAACCCGCUCCAAGUCUUUGUUCAACUCCUCCAACGUCCAGACGCUCUUCUCUCUGCCUGUCGUCUCCCUGCGCUGGAGCGCCCGUGUCAGAAAAUGUGCGUGGAGAGCGAUGGAUGCGAGAUCGAGGGUUGUAGUAGUUCGGAUGAGGUGCGGACUCUGUCGGGCAGCAUGAGUCCCGCGCUGAAGCCCAACCCGGACCUUCACCCCUGCAGACCUGGACACAAAUUCCGCGCCGCGCUGCUUCGGUGCCGCUCGCCGGCUGCCGCCGCCGGGAUCCUCAGUUUCGGGAACGUCCUCAAUUACAUGGACAGAUACACUGUAGCCGGGGUUCUUCAAGACAUCCAGCGGCAUUACGAGGUGUCAGACAGUAGCGCUGGCUUGUUGCAAACAGUCUUCAUCUGUAGCUUCAUGGUGGCAGCUCCCAUUUUUGGUUACCUUGGUGACCGCUUCAACAGAAAGGUCAUCCUGAGCUGCGGCAUCUUCUUCUGGUCCAUUGUUACGCUGUGCAGCUCCUUCAUCAGCAAAGAGUACUACUGGCUGUUCGUACUCUCCCGGGGACUAGUAGGCAUCGGUGAGUCCAGCUACUCCUCCAUCUCGCCCACCAUCAUCGGAGACCUGUUCACCAAUAACAGCAGGACCAUGAUGCUCUCUGUCUUCUACCUGGCCAUUCCCCUGGGGAGUGGUUUGGGGUACAUCCUGGGAGCGAGUGCCAAGGAGGCUGCAGGGGACUGGCACUGGGCACUAAGGGUUUCCCCGCUUUUGGGGAUGACUGCCGGAACUCUCAUCCUAGUCUUUGUCCCGGAGCCAAAGCGAGGCAGCGCUGACAAGAUCGCCGGUCACAUUAAGACCCGAGUCUCCUGGUUAACUGACAUGAAGUCGCUCGCCAAAAACCGGAGCUAUGUGUUUUCCUCCCUGGCGACGGCGGCCGUGUCGUUUGCUACAGGCGCUUUUGGGAUGUGGAUCCCGCAGUACCUGGUCCGGGCUCAGGUGGUGCAGAAGCCUGACGCAGCCUGCACCGAAGAUGUCUGCAGCAGCACCGACAGCAGCCUGAUAUUUGGGGCGAUCACCUGUGUGACUGGACUCCUGGGAGUGGUCAUUGGCGCCGCUACGACGCGCUUCUGCCGUCAGAAGACGGAGCGAGCCGACCCGCUGGUGUGCGCCGUCAGCAUGCUGGGCUCCGCCAUCUUCAUCUGCCUCAUCUUCGUCGUGGCCAAGAAGAGCAUCGUCGGCGCUUAUAUCUGCAUCUUCAUUGGAGAGACGCUGCUUUUCCUGAACUGGGCCAUAACAGCGGAUAUUUUAAUGUUCGUUGUCAUUCCCACGCGGAGAGCAACAGCCGUGGCCUUCCAGAGCUUCACCUCUCACCUGCUAGGGGACGCUGGAAGUCCCUACCUGAUCGGCCUGAUUUCCGACGCCCUCCAGGAGAGCUACACAACAUCAGCGCUGUGGCGGUUCCUGAGUUUAGGCUACGCCCUGAUGCUGUGUCCCUUCAUCAUCGUCCUCGGAGGAAUGUUCUUCCUGGCCACCGCGCUCUUCUUCCUGGACGACCGAGAGAAAGCCGAGAAGCAGUUGAGCCAGCUGUCACGACAGGCCGCCUCAGUCAAAGUAUAACCAGGUGACAACCCGGCGAGGAGCCAUCUGAAGAGCAGCCAAACUCCAUCAGAUUUAAUGACGAUCAAAGCGGGGGCAGCUGAACCCCCCUUUUUUUUUUUCUUCUUUUUUUAAAGACCACAGCUGAUUCUUCACGCCGUCAUGAACUUACUUUUCCUUCCCUGGUUUUGAAAAAAGGCUGCUCAAGACGAGAGCGAGGAAGCGUCUUGCUCCUCCUGGAAACAUCUCUCCAAACUGGUGAGAGUGGACACCGCCCGACAGUAGCUGUCCUCUUCCCCUCUGUCUGCUAGGAGCCACUGAACCUUCGGGGGAGGAGGGGAGGGAGGAGGCGACCAUGUGAUCCCUCCCAGUCCUGCUGCCAUACUACUGAGUGCUGACCACGAACCUGCCCUUCUGCCUGCCUGUAGUGUAUGUGUUACCUCGGCUAUCAGUCUGCACCAAGUGCCAUAGCCUCAUUACAUUCCUCCAGACUUUGCACUGACCACUAACAGCCCUCAUGACGUCGCCGCGCUCUGCGUUUACAUGCACACGGUGAGUCAGCAAGUUGAAUAAAAGAGGCCUUAUUUGAAAAUUGGCGCUGCUUUAAAUCCAAAAACCAGUUGGGGACACAAAAUUUGAGUCCUGUAAGAUCCAGAAAAAAGGGCCUGGAGUUGGACGUAAAACAUCGCUACCAUGUGCAUGUAACGCACAGCUGCCAAACCAGGAGCCAAAAAGUGUCACCGUCGACCCGGUCAGUGAAUCAGCCUUAACAAUUGGAGCUAUCACAUGAUCAGCUGUUUCCAUUUUGGACCCUUCUCUUCUUCGCUUUUAGCACUUAAGUCGUUGCGGACGGUGCCGAGAUGAUUUCUGCACAUGACCUUUUUUUUUUUUUUUUUUAAACUGGAGGGUUGCGAUUGUUUCCGGAAAAACAAUCUGGGUGUUUUUUUUUUGUUUUGUUUGUUUUGUUUGUUUUUUAAACAACACUGGAUUACAUAUUUUAUAAUUUAUGAUGCCUGUCGUAACGUUUAAAAAGGGACAGUGUCAUUUUCUUGUACAUGUUUCUUUUCUUCUUUGUGCGUGGAAGCUUUUAACCCACUCUGCCUUAUCAGUGAGCCGGAUUUCCCUUUAAAGGGGGGGGGGGCUCUCUGAUGGUUUAGAAUUUCUGCAGUCACUUUUAAUGAUGCUGGUUACAAUAACAAGUAUUGUUGGACGAGACGGCCCCCUCGCAAAUGUACAUAUCCCAUUCCACUAUAGGAGCUUAGAAGUCAAUCGCGAGUGAAGGGAAUCACAAUCCCGGACAGGAAGAGGAAAUGUAGGAUAAACAAGGAAUCUCCACCUCACUUUGAAAUCUUAUCAGUCUUCCCUUGUUUGCCCACGUUCCCAUGUUUUUAUUCUUUGGACAUAUCUCUCUUGCUACACUUUGACCUGAUGCUUUGUGUGAGUCUCGUAGCACUUGAACAAUGCGGUGUGGAGUUGUUGGUCAACAACACAGUAUGACGUGAGUCAUAGAUGGACGACUAGAUCUCUAACUGAUCCAUAAAAGGGCCGCAGGGUUGCAGGUUUUCGUUCCAACCGUGUAACCUGAUUGGUCAACCAAUGUGUUUGAGGACCAGUUUGAGGCCCCAGGACUAGAAGAUGGUUGAGUACAGGCUUAUAUCAGUGGCGUCACACUCAAAAAAGGGCCAAAAUCUUGAACACAAUCUCACAAAAUGUAUUUAAUAGUGGUCAGACCAGGUCUCUGGAGAGAAGAUAAGGCUCCCUUUAAACUUUCGGAAGCUAAUUUAGUAUAUUUAUAUCUGUGUCCAGUGAUACUUCCAGCAUGUUGCUGCAUAAUAAUUGCAUCUCUGCUGGCUGUCCCGGGUAAGCAACUGGGAUUCUCAAAGGUGCUGGUUUCAACUUCAUUCUAACUCGAUAAUUCAUCACGAGCAAACCAAAGUGCAGGCCACAUAGGUUAAGUUGGUGGGCCGGACUUGGCCCCCAGACCUUUCGUUUAACAAAGCUCACAAGGAAAGGCGGAGAACAACAUUCCAUUUAAGGUAUAGAAGCACUGCAAUCUGAUGGUCUAACUGCUUAGUCCACCCGAAGCUCUGACCCGUCACCGUAGUGAGGCGACACUGCGUCUCUUUUAGGGGAUAUUUGUCACUAGUUUGUGAGAUGCAAAGCGAAGUGGACAUCCAUUAGCUAACAGUCGUGUUUCCAUCAGCGGCUACUGAGCAUCUUCACUGUGGCUCUCAACCGAAAGACUUGGAGGUUCAGUAGUAAUGACUGAACAGAUCGUGACUGCUCACGCGGCAGCUGAGCGGUUCCUGGGCGUACUAAACCCGUUUAUCUGCCAACACUAAUGUGAUUUUCAAUCUUCAAAAUCCGAGCACUUUUCAGACCACCGAGGAGAUGCGGGAGGUUGCGGUGACCUUGGCGGGGGAAUGAAAGAGAAGGUGGAUCUGGUAGCAUUGAUGGGUGACUCACGGUUGCGAGUGGGCAGAUGUGUGGGCUCGUGUCCUUGUUGCCGGAUGAUUAGCUUUAGCUUCUUCUCCAACUGCGUGGAGCUCUCUGAAUGUGAUUCUGUUUACUACACCUGCUUCUUACCUUCCUCUUUACUUUGUCCUUUUUUUAUUGUAACCAAAUGAGCUUGUUUUGUUUUUUUUAUCACAGAAGUAUAUACUAUAUGAUGCAGCAACUUUAAUAUAUUGUAAAUGAUGGCUUGGAUGCAAUGUAUUUAUUUGUUACCACGAUGAAGAAUAAUCUACAAAGGGACGUGUGAGGUUGUUAGAAAUGCCUGUUUGUUUCUCCUGAUGUGCAACCAAACUAAGAUUCACCCCGUCGACUGUGAUUUCAUGUCUCACCAACAGUAGGGAACUGCAGUGUGUCAGUUUCGUAGACUGGAUGCUCCACUCUUGUGUAUGUUUUUGUUUGUUGUCAGAGCAGCCGAUCACAUUAUUUUGCACAUUUUCUGUUCAGGGAUUUGUUUGAACCGUAGCCCCGCCUCUGGCUCAGGUGGUGGUGCUGACAUCAUCAACCAUCUGACAGGACGUCGGUGCUGGUCGGAUGGGUCAUGAACUGAGAUUCACUUUUGCCAAAUUUAGUCGUUUUUUAGCACCAACCCUUGAGUCUGUUGUCGAUGUUAAUAAUCACUGAAGUGAUUUAUUGAGAAUGUCCUAUUUCUUGUUAUACAAGAAUUAUGUAUAAAAAAAGCUAUUUCUGAUGUUGAUAGAAAACAGAGGUUAUUUUUAUUUUUAGUCCAGAUAGGAAUGAAAGGAUAUUAUUCUCAAGCUGAACUGUGAUGCUCCCGUCCGGGGCUGAUAGAACAUGUACAUGUCUGUAAAUCAAAUAAAACUAUUU